AUGAAGCUGAAAGUAUAUGCAGAUCGAAUGUCGCAGCCUUCACGGGCUGUUCUCAUCUUCUGCAAGGUAAAUAGGAUAGACUUUGAAGAGGUUAGAGUUGACAUCUCCAAGCGUCAGCAUUUAACUCUGGAAUUCAAAGAGAUAAACCCUAUGAGAAAAUUGCCAGCUAUAGUUGAUGGAAGGUUCAAGCUAUUUGAGAGUCAUGCAAUCUUAAUAUAUCUUUCUUGUGUAUUUCCGGGAGUUGCGGAUCACUGGUAUCCAGCUGAUCUUUUCAAGAGAGCUAAAAUUCACUCGGUUUUAGAUUGGCAUCACUCUAACUUACGCCGCGGUGCUGCGGAAUAUGUUAAGAAUACUACAUUAGCACCUGCACUUGGCCUACCUCUGGAUCCACAAGCAGCUGCUGAGGCUGAGAAAGUUCUGUUUUCAUCCCUGUCAAAGAUAGAGUCUGUAUGGCUUAAAGGGAGUGGCCGGUUCUUGUUAGGUGGAAAUCAACCAUCCAUAGCUGAUCUAAGCCUAGUUUGUGAACUAAUGCAACUGGAGGUUUUGGAUGAAAAGGAUUGCAGCCGAAUACUUGCCCCCCACAAGAAUGUUCAGCAGUGGAUUGAGGAUACAAAAAAUGCUACAAGGCCACACUUUGAUGAAGUGCAUCAAAUUCUGUUCAAAGCCAAGGUGAAACUGCAGAAGCUACGGUCAAUGAGCAUAAACAAUGAGUCCAGCUUACAAACAAAAUUGGCCUCAAAGAUGUAG